AUGUCGUCGUCCACCGAAGCGCCGUACGAGGCGGCGCCGUGGGUGGUGGGAGUGACGGCGCGCGCGCCGAGCAACAUCGCGGUGAUUAAGUACUGGGGGAAGCGCGACGAGGCGCGCGUGCUGCCGCUUAACGGCAGCGUGAGCGUGACGCUCCACGUGGACCAGCUAGCCGCCGAAACCACCGUCGCCGUCAGCCCGUCGUUCACUGCGGACCGCCUCUGGCUCAACGGCAAGGAGGUGGCGAUGAGCAGCCACCGCUACGGCAACUGCCUGGCUGCUCUGCGUGCACGCGCCUCCUCCACGCACUGGCGCCUGCCCGUGCCGCACGCCACGCAGCAGAGCGAGCAGGGAGAGGGAGAGCAGCGGGAGGUGGAGAUAGGAGCGGGGCAGUGGCAGCAGCUGCGAGUGCACGUGGUGUCGGCUAACAACUUCCCCACCGCUGCUGGCCUCGCCUCCUCCGCUGCUGGCUUCGCGUGCCUCGUGUUCGCGCUGGCAGAGCUCAUGGGAGUGAAGGAGGCAUACCCGGGCGAGCUCUCAGCCAUUGCCAGGAUGGGAUCAGGCAGUGCUUGCAGGAGCCUGUACGGCGGAUUCGUCACCUGGGACAAGGGCGAGCUAGAAGACGGGAGCGACAGCAUGGCGCGGCAAGUGAAGGCAGAGGACCACUGGAGCGAUCUCGUCAUCAUCAUUGCAGUGGUGGAGGAGAGGGAGAAGGACAUUGGCAGCAGCGAGGGCAUGAAACGGUCCGCCCAGACCUCCAAGCUGCUGCAGCUGCGCGCUGAGCACGUGGUACUGGAGCGAAUCACAGCAAUGGAGGCAGCCAUAGCAGCCCGGGACUUCCCUGCCUUUUCUCGCCUGACCUGCGCCGACAGCAACCAGUUCCAUGCCACGUGUCUCGACACAGCGCCGCCCAUCUUUUAUCUCAAUGCCACGUCGCGCCGCGUGAUUGGCUUUGUGGAGGAGUUCAAUGCCCAGGAAGAACAGCCGAGGGCAGCAUACACGUUCGAUGCCGGUCCCAACGCAGUCAUGUUUGUCCAGCGCCACAACGCUACAGAAUUCCUCUCCGCCUUUCUGCACCGCUUCCCACCACCUGACAGCACCCCCCUCUCCAGUUUCCGAUUUCCCUCCCCGUCCUCCCCUUUCCUCGUUUCCCCCUCGUUUUCCCCACUCUUCCCCCGCUCCUCCCCCUCCCCCCGCGCAUUCCCUCGCGGCGCCGCAGACUGCUCGUUCGCGGACUCCCUCUCCGACUUCGCGCUCUCCGGCGAUGCGCUCAGUGCGACCUACAAGGCUUGCCCCGCCGUCACCCUCACCAGCGACGCCGCGCUUCUGGCGGGCGGAGCGCUCAACCCGUCUGCCAUUGUCCUCACCGACCGCGCCUCCUCCGCCGGCGGCGGCUGCGCUCCGCUGGCGUUUUCGGCGUCGUUCGCGUUCGCGGUAGCGUCCGCGAAGAACGGCGCGUCGAAGGCGGGGCAAGGGGUGACGUUCUUCGUGACGGCGAACGCGGCGUGGGAGGCGGGCAGCGACAGCGGGUUCCUCGGGUGGGGCGAGACGGGCGACUCGCCGAGCUUCGCGGUGGAGUUCGACACGUUUAAAGACACAUGGGACAAGGCUACGCCGCACAUCGGGUUCAACCUAAACGCGUCCGUCAAAUCAGUGACCGCCAGCAAGGCAGCCAUCCCCGCGCUCAGCGACGCGAAAAUCAAAUACGUUUGGAUCGACUACAGCCCCGGCACGAAACAACUCACCGUCUUCUUCAACACCGCCAAGAAUCGCCCCGCUAAGAACACCUUCGUUACAAACUUUGACCCGUGCGCACUUUUUAAAGCUUCGCAAAACGACCCCAACAGUGACACGCCGCUGUACAUGGGGUUCAGCUCGAGCACGGGCGCAAAGUACUACUCCGCGCACACGCUCCUCGGCUUCAACGUCACCGCCAGCGCCGCCCCCGCGCAGACCGGGGGCGGAGGGGGCGGAGCGGGCGGCGAGGGCGGAAGCGGGGGAGCUGGGUCCGGUGAUCCUAGCGGCGGUGGCGGUGGCGCUAGUGGCGGUGGGAAUGUUACUGGGGGCGGGGGAGGUGGCGCUAGUGGCGGCGGGAAUGGUACUGAGGGGGGGGGAGGUGGCGCUAGCGGCGGCGGGAAUGUUACUGGAGGGGGAGGAGGUGGCGCUAGUGGCGGCGGGAAUGUUACUGGAGGGGGAGGAGGUGGCGCUAGUGGCGGCGGGAAUGUUACUGGUGGGGGAGGAGGGGGAGCGGGAGGGCCAUCCAGCGAUCCGACGGCCCCGCCGAGCUACUUCCCUAGUGAGUUGCGACCCGCGCCUCGCGCCAGCUAUCUUCCCCUCCCUGCUGAAAGGCCUGCCUCCAUCCCGCGCAACGACCCCCCUCCGCUGCUCCAAAAUCCCCCGCGCAUCGGCGACCGUUCCCUGGGAGGGCUGCCCAUCCCGCGCAACGACUCGCGGCCCAUGCUGAACAAGUGGUUCCACUACGCGUCCGUGUCGCUGAAAAUCGAGCGAUCCAACAACACGGCCAAUUGGGCGUUCAAGGAGCACAGCAACGUCGACUGGCGCGGCAACCUCACGGCUGUUGUGGAUCAGGACUCGCCCAGCCUCUGCAGUUCCUGCUGGGCGUUCGCAGCAGCGUCGGCGAUCGACGGCGCGUUACUGGGUUACCGCAUCCAGCCGCCGAACCGCGUUUCGGUGCAGCAGAUGCUGACCUGCGGAGUAGACGACUGCGACGGCGGGUUCACGACUGACGCGUUUGAAUACGCCAUCGCGAAUCCGCUCGUGUCCGCCGCGGCGUAUCCGUACAUGGCGAAUGACAGCACCACGUGUAACAAGAGCAUCAUCCAGGCGAGCCCAGGAGUGGCGAUGGUGAGGUUCUACGAGCGGGCGAGUCUGCUGGGCCCCAUCGGGCUCAUCCUGGCGCUGCAGUUCCAACCCGUCGUCGUGCACGUGGAGGCCGACCAGGACUGCUUCCUCAACUACAACGGGACGAGCAUUCUGGAGGAUAAGACGUGCUUUGCCAACCGGAUGGUGAACCAUGUGGUGGUGCUGGUGGGGUAUCACCUGGAGGAGCAGGGCAAGGCGGGCAGCUACUUCAUUCUGCGCAACAGCUGGGGCACCACGUGGGGCGACAACGGGCACAUGAGGAUUGGCUUGGACCGCUCUCCCUUUGGCUACUGCGGCAUGUGGAGCGAACCGGGCUACUACCCCUUGCUGCCUGCUGUCCCCGGCAAGUGGUGCCUUGGCUUCCCCUGCGGCGCUGGAAGGUGCUCCGACCCGCCUCAGCCGUCCAAGCCGGGGGAGAAGCCGAAGCAGUUCUACAGCUGCGACUGCACCAACGAGCCCUUCCUCAUUCCGGCUGUCAACGUGGACGGCACCGACACGUGCAUCGUUAAGACGGUGUGCAUGCUGCAGAUGCAGAACCCGUGUGGCGCUGGCACGUGUGUGGACGAUGGCGUGGGCGGAUAUAACUGCACGUGCCCGGCCAACUACACCUCCACUGCUCGCCCUGACGGCACCGCCACCUGCAUUCCCCCGCCCCUCGCGGCGACCACAUACACCAUCCAGGCGGGAGACACGUGCGACACCAUCUGUGCAGCCAACAACAUCACCACCACCGACUUCCAAACCAUGAAUGCGGCCAUCAACUGCAGCAGCAACCUGACGGCGGGAGUGACGGUCAACGUGACGUCAGCGACAGCUGUCAAGAUGUGCAUCAGUUACUACGUGAACCAGCCGAACGACACGUGUGCAUCAAUAGCCACCAAGUUCAACAUCACAGAUCUCACCUCCCUCAAUCCCUCCCUCGACUGCUCCAACAUCUCCAGUGCAGCCAAUCAAAUAUGCGUUGAGAUGGGCCAAGCGCUUCCCCCAGCCUCAGUGUCAACAGUGUGCACAGAGUACUACACACUGAGCGGCAGCGACACGUGUGCGAGUGUGCAGAGCACGUAUGGCCUCACGGCCUCGGAGCUGUACCGUAUGAACCCUGGGCUCAACUGCAACAACCUCAUUGACUACUCCGACUCCUCGCUCUGCGUUGCGCAAGCCAAGUUCGGCGCCUCGUCGUGCAGCAAGCGCUACACAGUCAAGUCAGGCGACACGUGUGCGGCCAUAAUCUACAAGUACUUCCGCGGGAAGACCUCGUACGUCAGCAAGCUCAACAGCGGCUUCGUCUGCACCUCCUCCACCCUCUACGUCGGCCAAUCCCUCUGCGUCUACAACCUCUGA